AUGAAUUUUGAAACCAAUUCCUUUAUAAUCCCAUGUGUCCGCAUCCCUUCACUACGGAACAGAAAAUUGAAGAUCUGCUCGGCAAGGAGACUUUUCGCCGAAACCAAUCGUCAAUUCAUCGAAGUUCGCUUUCUAUUUAACUUCUCGCGCCUAAAUAUCAGCCAUUCAUUUAAAGACCAAUUACUCACGAUACAUACCCCCUUAUUUCUCUUCCCAUCCCAGUCUGUGCUACCCAUCAUGGCGCUCACAUACGCGCAAAUCCCACUCCAAGUUGAAGGAGUCAACCUCAACCUCGCCACAAUCCACACUUUGAAGGAAACACCACCAAUCCUGUUUCUACAUGGCUUCGGCUCUUGCAAGGAAGAUCUAGCCGACAUUGUUGUCAACCCACGCAUGCAGCACCAUGGAUUCAUCGCCUUUGACGCGCCCGGCUGCGGGCACUCAGACAGUGACAACCUGUCCGCGACGGAUAUCCCAUUCCUUGUGGCAACCGCCGAGGCAAUCCUGUCCCACUUCCAAAUCACCAAAUUUCAUCUAAUGGGCCACUCCAUGGGCGGUCUGACUGCGCUGCUUCUUGCGCACAGCCACCCCGAUCGAGUCCUGAGCUUCGUGGACAUCAAAGGCAACCUCGCGUCAGAGGAUUGUUUCCUCAGCCGGCAAAUUUUCAGCUUCCCCUCUGAUGACCCGGAGGUUUUCCUCGAUGCCUUUAUCACUCGUACUCGCGAGUCAAAGUCCUUCGGUAACCCUCUGUAUGCGAGCACUUUGCGUGCGAGAGUACGUGCCGGUGCUGUGCGCGCGAUCUUCGAGUCCAUGGUGCAGCUAUCGGAUAGUGGAGAUCUUCUGGGCAUGUUCCUAGCACUGCCGUGUCCGAAGAUGUUCAUGUUUGGAGAGGAAAACCGCGGAUUGUCGUAUCUAGGGCAGUUGGAAAAGGAGGGUGUGGAGUUGGCGCUUAUCCCGGAGAGUGGACAUUUCCCCAUGUAUUCCAACCCGGUCGAGAUGUGGCGUCGGAUUGCGAAUUUUUUUGCGAAGAAUGAAUUGAAAUAG